AUUAUUUGUCAAUGAAACAUAUUUUCAUGCUAUGUCAUAUGUUUAUUUAAGCAAAUGUUAGCGAUUAAUUGCAAAUUUGGAAAGGUCGUAGUUCAUGAUGUUUUUCAUCGAAGUCUCAACGUUUUCGGUUUCUGAUAUUUGUAUCUGGUAUUAAACCGUGAUCAUUCGAAAGAUAAAUGUCACAUGUUUUGGAUUUUUUGUAUAUUUGCGAUGCGCUUGAUUAGAUUUGGAAUAACAUAAUUGUGUAGCGAUCUGUGUAAGGAGAGAAAGAAACAUGAACUAUAUGCACAUAUUUUAUUGGGCAGAACUUGUAAUUUUACCGCUGCUAAUGAAUAUUUCAUAUCUAAGAUGACUCAUGCCACUGUUAUUAUAAAAUGUAUUUAAAACGACAUUUAACAUUAAGUUGAAAAAAGCAUGAUGCGCAUAGUUAUAAAAAUUGUCUUUGCUAUGUGACUAAUGUACUAUCACUAUGACUGAAGAACAAAAAGUGUAAUAAUAUUUCAGUUUCAUCCAUGGGAAACAUCUGAAAAUUAUUAUUAUAACUUUAAAACAUUAAUAAGAAUAAUGAAGAUUUGGACAAAGCUUAUCAUAAUUUUUAUCAUAGGUAUAGUAAUAACAGCUAUUGGUCUAACAGGAGGAUUACUAUGGUCCUCAGUUUAUUCGUCAGUUUUAUUCAAGGAAUUGUCAUUAACACCAGAGUCCACAAAUUAUAAACUCUGGACUAAGACACCAAUUCCUAUGUAUUUAAAAAUAUACAUGUUCAAUUUGACUAAUGCAGAAAACUUUGGCGUUAUUAAAGGAGAAAAACCAAAUUUUGUGGAAAUGGGUCCUUAUGUAUUUAGUGAAGUUGAUACCAAAGUGCAAGAAACUUGGAAUAAAAAUGGUACUAUAACAUAUCAAAGGAAGAGGGUAUGGCGCUUUGAAGAAUCUAUGUCCAAUGGUAGUUUAUCUGAUAAUGUUACUAACAUAAAUGCUGUGACUGCUAGUGUUGUAUACGCAUUAAGAUACAAGAUGGAAUUUUUCAAAGAAAUGGCAGAUAGAAUAAUGCGUAUGGUAGAUCAAAAAUUGGUAGUCACCAAAACUGUAAAUGAAUUACUGUUUGAAGGUUACAACGAUACAAUGUUAAACAUAGCUCGAAAAUUGAAUGUGACUGAAAUUCCAUUUACGAAAUUUGGUUGGUUCGUUGAUAGAAAUGGUACUGCAUCUUACGACGGAACAUUUAACAUGCUUACUGGUGAAUCAGAUUUACACAAUUUAGGGAUGUUAACGGAAUGGAAUUUUAAAAAUAGAGUCAGUUAUUAUCCUGGAGAAUGUGGAGUAGUAAAAGGAACGAAUGGCGAUCUGUGGCCACCGUUAACCGAUAACGAAACUAUCUCUUUCUUCGUAUCCGAUAUUUGCACGAGUCUGACAGCAAGGUAUAAUAACACGGUUGUUCAUGAAGGAUUGACUGGUGUUAGAUACACAAGCGAUGAUACGUUACUGGAUAAUGGCAGUAAAGUACCAUCUCGUCGAUGUUACUGUGAAGGAGACUGUGUACCCUCUGGAGCAUUAAAUAUUUCAUUGUGUAAAUGGGGUGCACCAGCAUUCAUUAGUUUACCCCAUUUCUAUUUGGCAGAUCCAAGUUACAGAGAAAAUAUAACAGGAAUGAUUCCUGACAGAGAAAAACACGAACUUUCAAUAGCUUUAGAACCGAAAACGGGAGUCCCAUUAAAAGUAAAUGCACAGUUGCAAUUGAAUUUAUUACUUCUGCAUGACGAUGUUAUGAGUAUGUUCAAAAAUGUUACAAAUACUUUUGUUCCGAUGCUAUGGUUUACACAGGAAGCUCGUUUAACUUCCGACUAUGCCAGCAUAAUUAAGUUCAUUUUAAUUUUAAGAACAUUGGGCAGUGUGACUUUGAUAGGUAUUGCUGCUAUUGGUGUUUUAAUUAUAAGCAUCGGUGUUUUUUUGUUUAUUCGGCACAGUUUAAGAGGUGAAGAGAAUCAAACUUUAUUAUCAAAUAAUGCAAAUAGCGAGAGUAGUAUUAUCAAUGGUUGAUUGAUCGUACUUUUAACGAGGAAAUGAUUAAAUUAUAAGAAACAGAAUUAUGACCAAUAUGGUAGUUAGAUGGAGAAAAUAAUUAUUAUCGUUAAAAUUCAAUGGUUGAUAACAUUUAUGUAUGUUUUCCACAUCCUGUUGUAUGUUGUUCUAUUAUAAUUAGAACAACACAUGAUGGCACCAAGACUAUUUUAAGUGGAAAAUUUAUUACUAUAAGAUUAGUUGUUCGAAUUGAUUAUAAGUAUGCUUUCAAAGUAUUUUCAUGAUUUAAACAAGUGCCUCAUUGCCUUAAUGAAAAUAAAUAGAUGUUGAUAGCAAUAAGAAAAUACAAUUUAUAAAUAUUAAAUACUUA